AUGGAACUCGAAUCCGCAAUCCCGGAAUGGCUCAGAAAAGACCGCACCGUACCUGCAAAGAAGACACCAGGCUUCACGCCCCCCUUCGAGCUCUACACCUCCCGCUUCCCAAAGACCAUCAAAGAUGUAGUCAUGGCCAUCAUCGGCGCCCAGUACGCAUUAGCCGACCUCAACGACGGCGGCGCCUUGAAGACGAUAGCCUCCUUUACAACCUCCGACCGUGUCGCCCCGGCCUCGCACCCAGCCUUCCGCGAAGCAGCCGCCGUUACGGAUAACCAGAGGUUCUUCAACGUUGCGGUGUUUGCAUAUUGGCCGAGCAGGACCGCGUACGAGGAGUGGUCGGCGGAGAGCGGCUUCCGGACGUGGUGGAGCGAUGCGAAGCCGGGAGAAGGGUCGCGACAUGGGUGGUUUUUGGAGGUGUUUCUCCCGACGGCUGAUCGGUUCGAGACUGUGUUUUCGACGGCGGAAACUGAGGGUGCAGCACACAUGAGAGAUAUCGUGAGCGGUCCUAUCAAGGAACAUGUCUACUGGGGCAGCAUGCGAGAUCGCCUGCCUAUAUCCCAGACGGAUGAGCUUCUCGGCGACCCAGAAUCAGAAAAGAAGCAAGGUGCCAACGGAUCAACACAACGAAAUGGCACAAGCAAGCUCCCGGAACGUGUUCGCGUACCAGGCAAGAAGAACCUCACCGUCAUCCGUUCCGGACAAGACUGGUCCGCAGCGCUCGCCGAAGAACGACAGAUUUACCUAGACUCGAUGCAGCCACCGCUAAUUAGGGGCAUGGAGUACCUCCGCGACCACGGCGACGAGGUCGGCUGCUUCAGCUGCCGCUUCAUGGAGAUUGUCGACCCCCUGACGGCCGAGGGCGGGCACGACCGGACUUUUGGGCUGGCGUACUUUGAUAACAUCGCCUCGCUGGAGCGCUGGAGUAAAGAGCACCGGACGCACUUGGCCAUCUUUGGCGAGUUUGUAAAGUAUGCCAAGGGAUUAGGGGAUCAGAUGUCCUUGCGAUUAUUUCACGAGGUCCUGGUUUUGGAGCCUGAGCAGCAGGUUUUUGAGUACAUUUGGUGUCAUGAUGGGACUGGGAUGUUGAGUUCUUUGUAG